AUGUUGGGACAUUUCAAGCGCGUGGUUACAGCCUACCUGGCCUUGACAGUCACCAUAAAGCCCUCAGUUGCAGCGCCCGGGGCCCAUCCUGACACAGCCAAGUCCUCAGUCAGGAUGCACUCGAGCGAUCCCAAGCCUCAGACUCCAUCAAGCUUCGGGUCAAAUGUCAAGGCUGCUCAUUUCAAGGUCUGCCAGAAUCUCGGACACUGCAAAGACCCAAACAGAAGCGGGCAAGAGCUCUACACUGGUGCUCGGUUCUGGCUCUUUAAUGUUGACGGAAACGCCUAUUCACCACGUGGAGAAUUCGUUGCAGCGAAUUCUCUUCCUUUUGGCUCCAACAAGAACAUGUAUCCCGGUGGCCUCGGAUAUCGGUACUAUGUAAACUUUUGGGUUGAUAAUGACUGCUCUGACUCGGACAAUCAUGCCACCCGUCGCUGCAACGUCAAGCUGCACAUUGAUAAUUUACGAGACGACAAGGGCUUGACUAUUGAAGGGAAUGCAUUGAAGGUCACCACAAAGGACGAUUCUAUCAUUGUUUCCUUCCAGCAAGUAGCCUGUCCCGACACGAAGAUUCUGCAGGAACAGAACUAUGACCUUUGA